GACCCCGCCCCCUUCCUGGGCGGGGCCACGGGCUGGGGCAGGGGAGUUACUAGAGGCCCGGUCCUCGCGCCCUCCGCUCCCGCCGCCUGGUUCUCACCUCGCCAUGGUUCGUCUGCCUCUGCAGUGUCUCCUCUGGGGCUGCUUGUUGACCCCCGUCCAUCCAGAACAAGCCACUGCAUGCAAAGGAAACCAAUACCUAUCUGGCAGUCACUGCUGUGAUUUGUGUCCGCCAGGAAAGAAACUGGUGAAUGACUGCACAGGGAUCACCGAAACAGAAUGCUCUCCCUGCGGUGCAGGCGAAUUCCUAGACACCUGGAACAGAGAGAGCCGCUGUCACCAGCACAAAUACUGCGACCCCAACCUAGGCCUCCAGGUCCAGGGGACAGGCACCUCAACAACAGACGCCACUUGCAUAUGUCAUGAGGGCCAACACUGUUCCAGCGAUGCCUGUGAAAGCUGCAUCCUGCACAGCCCGUGCGCCCCUGGUCUUGGGGUCAAGCAGCUCGCCACAGGGGUUUCGGAUACCGUCUGCGAACCCUGCCCAGUCGGCUUCUUCUCCAAAGUAUCAUCUGCUUUGGAAAAGUGUCACCCUUGGACAAGCUGUGAUACCAAAGGCCUGGUGGAACUACAGGCAGGGACUAACAAGACUGAUGCUGUUUGUGGUUUCCGGAAUCGGAUGAGAGCUCUGGUAGUGAUCCCCAUCACGAUGGGGGUCCUGUUUGCUGUCCUGUUGCUGUCUGCCUGUAUCAGUGAGUGCCCAGGAAAGGUGGCCAAGGAGCCAGAAAAUAAGGCCCUCCACCGUAAGGUUGGAUGGCAGGAUCCUGUGGAGACGGUUUAUCCGGAUGAUUUUCCUGGACCCCACUCCAUUGCUCCGGUGCAGGAGACCUUACAUGGGUGCCAGCCAGUCACCCAGGAGGACGGCAAAGAGAGCCGCAUCUCGGUGCAGGAGAGACAGUGAGGCUGUGCGUGUCCAGGAGCAUGGCAGCGCGGGCCAGUGGGCACGUGGCGGGGAGCUGCGGCUGCGGUUGAGGGCGAGGAGCUGGCGCCGGGCAUAUCCCCGGUCUGCCUGCACCCCUGCGGUUCAGAAACAGUUCACCUCGGAGAACCCCCGCCCUGGAGCUCAUUCGAUCUCCCAACUUGCUUUUAAAGAUGGAGGCAAAACUUCUUGGAGGGCCGUAUAGUAACAGCCGCCAAACCCUCUCACGCAACAGGACGUCUCAUCGUGGUUUCUGUGAGCCCACGGAGGCAUAUAUACAAACGUCCAGAGCAGCGUGUUUGUGAACAGCUGGAACUCACUGAACUGUCCACCAACAGGGGACUGGCUAAAUAAAAUUAUAAUAUAUUUAUACAACGGGAUCUCAAAAACUGUUGUGGGAAAAAAAAAGCAGGUUGCAGAAUGAUGGGUACGGAAACUUUUUUUUUAAAAGCUUAUACCCCAAUACAAUAUGAUAUUAUUGUUCAUGGAUAUGUGUAUAAACAUAAUAGAGAUUCUA